AGUGUUCUCUCUCUCUAGAAAAAAGAAAAACAAAUACUUUUCUCCAUCUCUCCCCUCCUUAUUUAGAUCAAAAAAUGUUUCAACAUCUCACAAAAACACAGUUUCAUUAAAAAAAACACAUCUUUCAAAUUUGUAACAAUCACAUAUACACCAUGACCGAUAACCAAAAGAUUCAUCCAGUCGUCCAUGAUCCAGAAGCACCACCAAACAUUCCCUUAGUUCCCCGUGGAUCAUCCCGUUCCGACCAACCAGACGGCGGCGCCGUAAUCAUCCCAAAAUACGCACCUCUACCGCCACCCCGUAAACGUCGUAGCUGCUGCUGCAAAUGUCUCUGCUGGACCUUCUUCCUCAUCUUCCUCAUCCUAAUCAUCCUAGGAAUCCUCACAGCCGUCUUCUUCCUAGUAUUCCAACCCAAAAUUCCCAAUUACUCUGUCGACAGAAUGCGGAUUACCCAAUUCAAUCUCACCAAUGACAUGAACCUUGACGCUAGUUUCAAUGUCAACAUCACUGCUCAUAAUCCAAACAAGAAGAUUGGAAUCUAUUACGAGAAUGGGAGUCAUAUCAGCGUUUGGUAUAUAGGUACCCAGCUAUGUAAUGGGUCGUUGCCGAAAUUCUAUCAGGGUCAUAGAAACACGACGGUUCUUAAUUUGAUCUUGACCGGACAGACACAGAAUGCUACUGAUCUGUUACAGUCACUUCAGACACAACAACAGACCGGUAGUAUUCCUUUGAAUUUAAUAGCGGAUGUGCCCGUUAGGCUAAAGGUUGGAUCUUUGAAGCUGAUGAAGUGGGAAUUUAAAGCUAGGUGUGCCCUAGAUGUUGAUAGUUUGAGAGCUGAUAAUACUAUUAGCAUUAGGAGCAGCAAAUGUAAGUAUAGAUUUACUCUUUAAAUCUGUUUACUUAUUAUUUCUAGCUUGUUCUUGAUCUGAGAUUUAUUUAUUUUAUUUACUUUUUCUGAUUUUCUUCUACUAUUUUGAUGUAUAAAUUGAAUAAGGGAGGAUGGUAUU